GUCUUUAAGAUGUUUGUACACAGCAGAUGAAGCGCUCUUUAAGAGACCUCCUGCAGAGCGGCGCGCAGUCGUUCCUCCCGCGCUGUAGGUGUCACUGCGGCAUGACGUCAGCGGAAGCGCUCAGCUGUUAUUGUUGUUGUUGCUGUGGUCCGUUGCGGAUGUGUAUCAUGGAGUAAAGUCAUCCGGAUUGAAACGAUCAGAGAUCCUUAAUUUCACGGUGGAGAGACGGACAGAGGAGCACCGGCACCAUGUUUAAGGGCUGGAGCUCGUGGCUGGGCGGAGAGUCGGGAGAGAAAGAGGAGAAAACGGACGAACAGGAAGCAGCAGAGGAGGAAAACAUCAACACAGAGACUGAAGAAACCCAACACAUCCUGCAGCAGGCCAAAGGACUCAGCGGCUUCAUUCUGAACUUUGCGAGUAACGCGUCUAAGAAGAUCUCAGAGUCUGUGGCGGAAACGGCGCAAACGCUCAAGAAAACGGUGGAGGAGAGCAACAUCGACGGCAUCAUUGACAAGACCAUCUUGGGAGAUUUUCAGCAAACACUGGUAUUGGACAUAAAUGCUUUGUCCACAGACGCCGCCGUGCCGCCGUGGGUCGGAUACAACGAGGAGGAAACCAUUCAGCAGCAGAUACUCUCUUUAUCCGCUGACAAGAGGAACUUCCUGCGCGACCCUCCGGCCGGAGUGCAGUUCCAGUUCGACUUCGAGCAGAUGUACGCCGUGGCUCUGGUGAUGCUGCAGGAGGACGAGCUGCUCAACAGGAUGCGCUUCGACCUCGUCCCCAAACAGGUGAAGGAGGACGUGUUCUGGAGGAACUACUUCUACCGCGUGUCUCUGAUCAAGCAGUCGGCUCAGCUCACGGCUCUCGCAGCGCAGCAGCAGAGAGAAGAAGAGAAGAACGCAGCGACGCUGCAGAGCGACAACAUCUCAGAGAACAUCAGACCCAAAACUCCGCCGGUGGCCGUCAGCGCUAAAGCCAAGGCUGGCCAGGAAGAGGAGGACAUCUCCACCAGCCCCGGCGUGUCUGAGUUCGUGAGCGACGCGUUUGACGCCUGCGACAUAAACCAGGAGGAUCUGAGGAAGGAGAUGGAGCAGCUGGUGCUGGAUCAGAAAGACGGUGAAGAGACGGCCGACUGGGAGAAGGAGCUGCAGCAGGAGCUUCAGGAGUACGAGGUGGUCGUCGACCCGGAAAACCGCGACGAAAACUGGGACCGUGAGAUUGAGGAGAUGCUGCAAGACGACAGCUAA